CUAUACUUACCUGCUGUGUGCAGUGGUUUUGCACAGAGUAGCCUGGACCCUCCUCUUCUCAGAUCCCCUGCAGGCUCUCCUGGCCCCUCCCUCCUGUCGGAUGCCCCCACAGCAAGCAGCUUGCUAUGGGGGCACUCGCUGCUCUAUGUGUCCUUUCACACAUGGAGCCAUGGCUUGGUCCCACCUGUGACGGGCGCGGCCUGUUGUUCACUUCACUGGAUCGUGAUGAGGCUUAGGUAAGUAUUGAGGGGGCUGGGGCCCUGCUGCAUGCAGAAGGGUUUUUAGUUUCAUGCAUAGAAUGCAUGAAGGUAAAAAACCUUGAGCCUUUACAACCACUUUAAUGUUCUCAU